AUGGUGUCUUGUGUUGGACAUCGAAACACACUGUACAGACUUUCUCCGCUGUUUGCUUCCUCCAAAGCAAAUCAUAAGGCAAGUCUCGCGCGCUGCGUCGACGUUUUUUGUUCUCUUGAUCUGAAGAUGGUCGAAUUCUCAAUAAGCAAUGUCAGGUAUACUUAUGUGCAUGAUCAGAAAUAUCCCUCUGAAGUGGUUGACAUACACCAUAUAGUUUCGAGAAGGAGUAAUGCUAAAUAUUAUUUUGUGUGUGGUACAACACUUGCUGUAUUAGCAUGUGCCUUGUAUCUGUAUGUUCUUACGGAAAAAUCAAUUAGUCUUGUGUAUUACAGUUUUCUUUUUGACAUAUUUCUAGUCAAGUCAUUACUUGGGAAGCUGGUUAAUAAAGAAUCUGUUGUGAUUAUGCCAGCUUUUGGAGUACAGCUUGAGACUCAUUAUUCGAGUGGGAAAGUCAUCCGAUACUUCAUUCCCAUUGACAAGAUUCUGAAACCUGUUCUAAUAGAACGUGUUACUCCAAUGACUUGUUAUUGGACUCUUUCAUUGAUUAUGCGUGAGGAAUCAGAAAUGUUGUUAGUUUUCAAGAACUUACGCCCUCCGGUGAAAAUGUUGGUCCAUGUCUGGAAGGCCCUGUGUGCUGCAACUGAUAGUAAAGAAGAGAGUUGCGCUCAUGCAGAAUAA